UGUUGUUUACACUGAAUAUAGAAGUAGAAGCUCGUUGGUUUCUCGAGGUUUCUUAAAGCGGAGGAGAAGAAGAGGGACAGAGUGAGAAAGGUUCUCUUUGUUUCAUCUUCUUCUCCAUUUUGAAAGCAAUGGCCGUCUCUCUUCUCUUCUCCUCCGUAAUAUUCUACUGCUUCCUCUUCCUCUGUUCCGCCGCCGGCGAACUCCGGACCGUCUAUGAUGCACAUUGGCAGCCCGCCACCGCCACUUGGUACGGCAGCCCCGACGGCGACGGCAGCGACGGUGGUGCGUGCGGGUACGGGUCGCUGGUGGACGUACGACCAAUGCGGGCGCGCGUGGGUGCUGUGAGCCCGGUGCUGUUUAAGGACGGGGAAGGGUGCGGCGCCUGCUACAAAGUGCGGUGUGCGGAUCAGUCCGUCUGUUCGCGGCGCGCCGUCACCAUCAUCGUCACCGACGAGUGCCCCGGCGGUUACUGUGCCUUCGGCCGCACUCACUUCGAUCUCAGCGGAGCCGCUUUCAGCCGCAUGGCCAUUGCUGGACAGGGUCCCGAGCUCCGCAACCGCGGCGAGAUCUCCGUCCUCUAUCGCCGGACUUUAUGCAAGUACCGCGGGAAGAACAUAGCCUUUCAUGUGAAUGAAGGUUCCACAGACUACUGGCUAUCUCUUCUUGUGGAGUUUGAAGAUGGUGAUGGAGAUAUCGGAUCAAUGCACAUUAAACCAUCAACUUCCACUGAGUGGAAAGAGAUGAAGCAUGUGUGGGGUGCAAGUUGGUGCAUAAUUGGUGGGCCGCUAAUGGGUCCUUUCUCUGUAAAGCUGACCACACUAUCCACGCAGAGGACUCUCUCGGCAAGAGAUGUGAUUCCAAGGAAUUGGUCUCCCAAAGCAACAUACACAUCACGCCUUAAUUUCUUUUAACAAAAUGCAGGUUUGGGGGAGGCCCUCCAAUCUCCAAUAGAAAAGAAAAGUAGCCGUUAGGUGGUGGUUGGCACUUUUUAAUGAGUAAAUGAACUACUUUUGUAUACCGUUAAAAGACUAGCCGUUACCCCAUCGUUCAUCGUCAUAUAAUAUUAAUAAAAAUGCUGUACUUCUAAAAAUUGCUACAUCAGCUGCUUAUGUGGAAGCUGAUGUCGUGAUGUGGCUCCUUCUCAUAUUCCGCAUAACUUCUCAUCUUCAUACUUCGCUCAAAAAUAAGACAUUUCACUCAUUUAUUUUGAACUUUAAGGUAUUUUACCCUUCGAUUUUAUCUAGGUAGAAUGCCUUAGGCUUCGUGUGGGACGGCUUUCUUUUUGUUUUUUGAAGCAGCUUUUUAAUAAAAAUUUAAAUUUUUUGUACUAGAAGUUGUUUUAAGAAGCAGAAAGAAAACCGUCCAAAACGAAGCCUAGUCCUAAGUGAAAUGCCUUAUCUAUGAGCGUGUGAAAGGAAGAGCUUCAUGUGGAGAAGAAGAGAGUUAUAAGUGUAACCUCAUUGGCACUGAUGUGAUUGCAAUUUGGGAAGUAUAGCAUUAGUCAAUCUUAAUUCUUAGCAUCUUUUAUGAGUAGAAGUUUGGAGAGAGUAUUACGGGAGGUGUCUGGAUUGUCCAGAGACAAAUUCGGACGUGUCACAUUACCCGGAUGUACUAGGCCCCGGAUGACGUGACGCUUUCAGAUUUACCUCCGGACGAAUCCGAAUGCCGCACGCAAUAAUUUUCCAGAAGUGUGAGAGUAAAUGUUGUAGUGACACCGUAGCCUUCUCCUAAGGAGAGAGAGCUUGUUUUCUGUCACUAUGGCCUUUGGGUAUACCUCAUUUUGGAUGGGAUUUCCCAACCUAGCUUAGAGGUAUGUAUCUGCCAUUCCUUUGGUCGAGAACCCUCUGGUUAGGCUGUUUAUUUGAAGCUUUCUUAAAUCUUGUUUGCAGCUUGUACUAAAACUUUAAUUGCCAUAAUCGUUUUUUUUUUCUAUUGUCCA